AUUUUUAUCAUGGAGAAAGAUCAUAAUUCAAGAAAAAGUAGGAGGAAUAAGAGUGAAUUAACCUCAACACGUAAGCCAAGAGAUUACAGAUCAACCUCGCCAAUGGCAGUGCCACAAGAAGAAAAGAGAACUUUUGUCAAUUUGAAAGAGAGCAAUCCCAGUUUUAAAAUUCCUGAUGGAAUGCAAAGAGAAUACAAGACGACUAAGCCCAAGAGAUCGAGAAGAACUGAAGGAAUCCGGAUCCCAAAAAUUAAAGAAUUCGAUAUCCAAAAGAUGUAUCUCUCAGAAUUAGAUAUUUGUGUUAGACAGAAUAAAUCUACAUUCUGACUAAAUGAUCCUCUAUUCCCUGGUUCAAAGAAUUUUAUCAAAAAGAACAGGGAAAGUUGCCAAGGGUGUGAUGAAGAGAAUACUAAGAAAAAGAAACUAGGCCAUUGCAAACUUUGAGGAGAGACUUACUGAAAGUCAUGUCUCUACUUUAGACAAACAGUGGAAAGUCAAAUCAUGGGAGAUGGGAAAACAACCAAAUAGAGUUAGAAUCUGAAAUAUUUGCAGAGGGAAAAUCACGGUUAAAAAGACACUUUUGCAAGCAAUCUCUGAUUAUCGCAAAGAAGGAGAAGAUCUAAUCCAGCCCCAAGAAGAACUGGCUGAGAUUGAUAAGGAAUUGAAGAACCUAACUUUCAAAUGAGAAAUUUUAGAUCAAUUUGAUCUUGAAAACGAGCAUAGGAGAAGAAUCAACCACUAUAAAAUUCAAGAGCAAGAAUUAUUAGCAGAGAUUGAAUACCAAAUGUGUGUUCGAGAUGAUUUGACCAUGAAAAUGAGAUAUUGCAUGAAAGAGAGAAAGCAAAUGGAAAAUGACAUUAAAUCCAAGGACCUGGAUGUCAACUUCCCUAAAAUCACAUUCAUGCCAAAAAGUUCUUCAAUUAGGAAACAUUCUGUUGAUAAAAGUAUUUCUUUACAUGAAACGAGUAAGGAAGAGAACGCUAUUGAAGGGUCUAUUACUAACUCAAGACCAGUUUCUAGAUCUAUAAGUGGCUCUUUGGUACAGAAAAUGAAUUUAGACAUAAAUAAUACUUGUCCUGAAGAAAGUAAAUAUAAUCCCAACGAAUUUGUUGAGGAAAAGUCUCAUCUAGAAGAUUGGAUUGUUGUGACUCCUCCCGAAGGAGAACAAAAAGAGACUUACAAGAAGCCUCUCAAGAAAUCUUCAUCAUUUGGAUCAUUAGAGGAAUCUACUAAAAAGAAGCCAUCUAUUCAUAAAAGAGGCAAAAGCCAUAUUAAAAUGGACAAAAAUGAUGAGUGAUGUAUAAUAUUUUAAGCUGCCUUUGUAAAGCAAUAGAAGAGCAUGAAGGGUUAAUGAAU